AUGACAGAUCCACCUCCAUAUCUGACAGUUGGAAGGAAACAAUCACGAUCAUACGCCUGUGCAAAUGUUCCAGCUCCACCCCUCAAUCUGAAAGUUCAGGAAGUGGAGAGCCGCACUGUCAACGUAUCAUGGUCACCGCCGUACACCGGAAACACAGAUCCCAUCACCAAAUACAUCUUGCUUUACUGGAGAGACGCAGCAUCUGGCGGUCCACAUCGUCUGGAAGAAAAAGUAUUGAACGGAAAUCAGACAACAGCUUUGAUAGAGAAUUUGGAUCCGGGCACUAACUACCAACUAGUUAUUGCAGCAGAGAAUGGAGUGGGGCGGAGUGAGCCGUCGGACAUCAUUUCUUUUACAACGGCUGAGAAAGAGCCCUCUGCAUCUCCUAUCGAUGUUAACGUGGAAGUGAAAGGAAUAGCGUCUUUGUUUGUGACAUGGAAGCCUCCUCCUGAAAGCGAAUGGAACGGAAAACUAAAAGGAUUUUAUGUGGGUUACAAGAGCGUGCAUGAUUCCAGCCAGCCUUAUACCUUCAAAGCAGUAGACUACGUGCCCGGAGGAGUCCAAGAAUCCACAAUCACUCAUCUUCGCAAUGACACGGAGUACAGCAUCAUUGUGAAAGCUUUCAAUAAUGCUGGAACUGGGCCUCCUUCCCAAGAUAUUGUUAUCAGGACGUCGGAAGGAGAUGUGCCAACCACACCUUUCGAAUUGAAAGUUCAGGAAAUAUGGAUCCGAAGCGUUCGAGUCUCAUGGUUAGUGCCACACACCGGAAACAACCCCAAUACAAAAUAUGUUCUGCAGUACUGGAGAAACACAGUACCUGGUAGAAGGUAUCGUUUCGAAGAGAAAGUGAUAGGUAGCGGUCAGAGAUCGGCUUUGAUAAAAGAUUUGACUCCAGCCACUAACUACGCAGUAGCCAUUGUAGCCGAGAAUGAUGUGGGGAGUGGUGAACCAUCGCACCCCAUUUCGUUUACAACGAGUGAAGACGUGCCUUUUGAUCCUCCUACGGAUGUUAAUGUAGAUGUGAAAGGAACAGGGACUUUGGUUGUCACAUGGAAGCCUCCUCCCAAAGAACAAUGGAAUGGAAAACUGAAAGGAUUUUACGUGGGUUACAAAAUGACACGGAGUUACGAUCCUUUUUCCUACAAGACUGUAGACUACGUGCCCGAUGGAGUCCAAGAAUGCACGAUCACCCAUCUUCACAAGAACACGGAGUACAGCAUUAUAGUGCAAGCUUUCAACAAGGUUGGAAGUGGGCCUCCGUCACAUGAGGUCACUAUCAGAACAUUAGGAGAAGAGGUGCCAGCCACACCUAUCGAUCUGAAACUGCAGGAGGUGUUGGACAGGACUGCCAGAAUCUCAUGGUUAUUUCCUCAAACUGGAAACAACUCCAACACAAAAUUCGUCGUUCAGUACUGGAGAUACACAGAGACUGGUAGCCGAUUCCGUUUAAAAGAGGAGGUCGUGAGCAGCGGACAGACAUCAUUUUUGAUACAGCACUUGCGUCCGGGAACUAACUAUGGCUUAGCCAUUCUAGCAGAAAAUAAAGUGGGGCAGAGUGAGCCAUCGGGCACUGUUUUGUUUGCAACGAAUGAAGAGGAGCCCAGUGCACCUCCUACGGAUAUUAAUGUAGAUGUGAAUGGGACAACCUCUUUGCUUGUGACAUGGAAGCCUCCUCAAAAAUACGAAUGGAAUGGAAAACUGAAAGGAUUCUACGUGGGUUACAGAAUUACACAGAGUUACCAUCCUUUUUCCUACAAGACUGUAGACUAUGUACCCGAUGGAGUUCAAGAAUACAUGAUUACCGAUCUUCUCAAGAACACGGAGUACAGCAUCAGACUGAAAGCUUUCAAUAAAGUUGGAAGCGGACCUGCCUCCUCAGAUCUAGUUAUCAGAACUUUAGGAGAAGAUGUGCCAGCCACACCCGUCAAUCUGAAAGUACCGGAAGUGUGGAGCCGCAGUGUCCGAGUCUCAUGGUCAUCGCCGCGGGCUGGAAACAACUCCAACACUAAAUACGUCUUGCAGUACUGGAGUGGUGGAGUCCCUGGUGCGAGACAUCAUUUGAAAGAGGAGGUCGUGAACAGUGGCCAGACAUUUCUUAUAAAAGACCUGCAACCUGACACCACCUAUAGCUUAGCGAUUGUAGCAGAGAAUGAAGUGGGGCAGAGUGAGCCAUCGGACACCAUUUUGUUUACAACAAAUGAAGAGGAACCCUCUGAAUCUCCUACGGAUGUUAAUGUAGAUGUGAACGGAACAUCAUCUUUGCUUGUCACGUGGAAGUCUCCUCCCAUAGACGGAUGGAAUGGAAAAUUGAAAGGAUUCUACGUAGGUUACAAAAAUAUGCAAGAUUUGGGUUCUUAUUCCUUCAAGACAGUAGAUUACGUACCCCGAUGGAGUCCAACAAUGCAUGAUUACCCAUCUUCGCAAGAAUACGAAUUACAGCAUCAUAGUGCAAGCUUACAAUAAAGCUGGAGUUGGCCCUUCGUCACAUGAUGUCACUAUCAGAACGUUAGGAGGAGAGAUGCCAGCCACGCCGCUCGACUUUAAAGUACAGGAAAUAUCGGCCACCUCUGCCAGAGUCUCAUGGUCAUCUUCUUACAAUGGAAGCAGCUCCAUCACAAACUAUAUCCUUCAGUACUGGAAAU